AUGUUGGGGUUCAUCCUCCUGGUGCUGCAGGAGAAGCCCCACACAUGUGUGGAGUGUGGGAAGAGCUUCAGGUGGAACUACAAGCUCAUCGAGCACCAGAGGACCCACACUGGGGAACGGCCCUACGAGUGUGGAGAGUGUGGGAUGAGCUUCAGCCGGAGCUCCCACCUGACCAGCCACCAGAGGACCCAUACUGGGGAGAGGCCCUACGAGUGUGGGGAGUGUGGACAGAGCUUCAGGCAGAGCUCCAGCCUGAUCAGCCACCAGAGAACCCACACUGGAGAACGGCCCCAUGAGUGUGGGGAGUGUGGGAAGAGCUUCAAGUGGAGCUGUGACCUGAUCAAGCACUGGGGGAUCCACACUGGAGAACGGCCCUACAAAUGUGGGGAGUGUGGGAAGAGCUUCAGGGGGAGCUCUGACCUGAUCAAGCACCAGAGGAUCCACACUGGGGAAUGACCCUACGAGUGUGGGGAAUGUGGGAAGAGCUUUAGGGACCAUGACACCCUGAUCAGGCACCAAAAGAUCCACACUAGGGAGAGGCCUUAUGAGUGUUCUGAGUGUGGGAACAGAUUUCGGUUCAACUCCCAUCUCCUCCUGCACAAUCUGAGUCACACAGAGGAGAGGCCCUUCUUCUGCCCUGAGUGUGGGAAGGGAUAUAAGUACAAGUGCCAACUCAUCACCCACCAGUGCAUCCACACAGGGGAGAGACCCUACAAGUGUGGAGAAUGUGGGAAGAGCUUCUCACAGAGCUCUCAUUUGACCCGACACCAAUACAGCCACCGGUAA